AAUGAAGAGUAUGCUGCAUUCUACAAAGCAUUAACUAAUGAUUGGGAAGAUCACUUGGCGUGCAAGCAUUUCUCAGUCGAAGGACAACUUGAGUUCCGUGCCAUCCUCUUCGUUCCUCGUCGUGCACCAUUUGAUCUCUUCGAGACUAAAAAGAAACGAAAUAAUAUCAAAUUAUAUGUACGCCGAGUCUUCAUUAUGGAUGAUUGUGAAGACUUGAUUCCUGAAUAUCUCAAUUUUGUUAAGGGAAUUGUCGAUUCGGAAGAUCUUCCACUCAAUAUUUCUCGUGAGAUGCUUCAACAAAACAAGAUUUUAAAGGUUAUCCGCAAGAAUCUUGUAAAGAAAUGUAUGGAAUUGUUCUCGGAAAUUGCCGAAGACAAAGAAAACUUCAACAAAUUCUAUGAAGCGUUUGCUAAGAAUAUCAAAUUGGGUAUACAUGAAGAUUCGCAAAAUCGCGCCAAAUUAGCUGAAUUCCUUCGCUACUAUUCCACAAAAUCCGGAGAUGAAAUGACUUCCCUAAAAGAUUACGUCACUCGUAUGCCAGAAAAACAAAAGGCCGUCUAUUACAUUACCGGCGAGAAUCGUCAAGCAGUUGAGGCCUCACCUUUUAUCGAAGUAUUGAAAAAGAAAGGUUAUGAAGUCUUGCUCAUGAUUGAUCCAAUUGAUGAGUAUGCAGUCUCUCAGCUUAAAGAAUACGAUGGAAAGAAACUCCCUUUAUGCAAAUCAAUCAAAGAAAUUCUUGGUGAAAAGAUUGAAAAGGUCACUGUUUCUAAUCGUAUCUCUGAAUCACCUUGUGUACUUGUGACCGGUCAAUAUGGAUGGUCAGCUAACUUUGAACGUAUCAUGAAAGCACAAGCGCUUCGUGACUCAAGUAUGGCAUCCUAUAUGGCCUCGAAAAAGAUUAUGGAAAUUAAUCCGCAUCAUCCAAUCAUCAAAAACCUUAAAACAAAAGUUGAAGUUGACAAGAACGACAAAACUGUAAAGGAUUUGACGUGGUUAUUAUUUGAAACUUCUCUUUUACAAUCUGGUUUCACUCUCGAAGAACCUUCUUCCUUUGCCGAAAGAAUCUUCAAAAUGAUUAAACUCGGCCUUGAUAUCGGUGACGAGGGUGAUACUGCGGAGCCAAUCGAAGAAGAUGUCCCUCCGCUUGCCGAAACUACUGAAACUUCUCAAAUGGAAGAAGUAGAUUAA